ACUCAAGCAUUUCAUCACAGUUUCGGUUGUAAGCCAUAGUAAUAAACACCGCGAAGCCACGGAUACCGGUUAUAUUAAAUGCCAAACGAGUGAGCGUGUUUUUUUGUUAAUGUGUGGUGCUGUUUUUUGGCUUCGUUUCUGGUAUUUUGGCAGAGCAAUAACAAAAUAUAAUAGAAAAAAAAACAAAAGCUAGCUAAAAUGCUAGGGCAGUAAAACAAAAUGGAAGAAGUCAAACAAAUAAAAAUUUAAUAAAGUUAGGCAAAUUGAAAAGGAAGGAAAGGAAAAUAUCAACAAAAACAAAAGCCUAAGAAGAGAAGGCAAAUAAGUGGAAAUAAUGAAAAUAUUUUGAUAUUGAUGAGAGCAAUAAUAAAAAAAAAUAAUGAAAACAUUGGCAACAAACAAGUUAACAAAAGUGAAUCAGAAGAUUAUUAAGCCCUCUGUGGUGUAAGUACACCACCAGCUUGUGAGUGCAUGAGGGAGUGUGUAUUGUUUUGGUUACCCUGUGAAUGGUAAUUGUGUGAAGAAAACAACAACAAAAUUACUUUCAUUUUCAAUAUUUAAAGCUGAAACGUUAGCUGCAGAAAGAAGACUUUCAAGUCAGAUAAUUCCCAUAAGAACUUUAGCGCUGGAAAAAUAACGUAAUUAGUUGGCAACAUUAGGAGCAGAAUUCUUGAAAAACAAGAACAGCUACAAAAUCCAUCCAUCCAUCCAUCCAUCCUUGUGGCAGAUUACGGCAUGGGACCAAUUAAAGCUUGCUGCCAUCACUUUUCUCUCAGAAGCCAAUUACAAUAAAAUAGUUGGGUGCCAGAAUUUCAGCAAAAGGAAAAAAAACCGAGAAUGCUGCUAUAACAACAGCCAAAGCAAUAGAUGCCAAAUAGUAUCACAAUCGACAUUGCCAAGGACAUAGCAAUAAAACGACCCUACGAAAAAGUUCAGAGCCAGCAGCUGAACACCAAUUAGCUGGAAAAAAACACACACACACACACAAAACAUAGAGCCAACUAAUUCUGGCAAUUUGUCUGCCCCAGAGAUUUGGACAUUUCGUAGGGUGGAAAAAAGGAGCAGCAGCAGCAAAUCAAAGCCAAAACUAAAAACCAUUCAAAAUACUAACUGUGACUAACAUCAUCGACCAUCAAGCCACCUGUCCCAGACUAAUUGACAAACAGGCAUAGGCAAGGGGGCAUUACAACACACACCGUAAUUGCCUGAAAUUUUCCAAAAAUUGCUCUUAUCAACUGAAGCAGCAAUUAGCCUACAAAUAAGGUGACAUUGAACUCCCGGUGGCAAUUAUUGAUGAGAUAGAUUAUACUUCACAAUCAUCCACUUGCCAACAUGUCGCUCAUAAAUAAGUUAAGCAAAAAAAUGCGUUGGCUUCGUUGGUCAACGGUUUUUGCCAUUUUAUUUUACAUGUUCUUCAUUGGUGUGAUAUUGCAUUCGACCACCUACAAGUUGCAACAUUCAUUGAAAAACAAUAACAACAACGAACAUCAGCACAAUCAACACCUGCCGCAGGAGUAUCAUAGUUAUCAGCCAUCAUCAAGCCAUAAUAACAGAGGCAACAGAGGAGGAGGUGCAGGCGACGACGAUGCAUUCGCUUUUCAUUACAACCUCAUGUUGUCGGAAGCUCAGCAGGCAGCCGGAAGUAGUGCUCUAACAGAUACGGUAUCCAAGAGUGCUGUGAUGCCAGCAGCAUCACAACCAUCAUCCUCGUUAACCUCCUCUGUAUUGUCGUCCUCAUCGUCAUCGUCAUCGCAAACCGCUAAGCGGGAGAAAAGCAAAGUUUCAUCAGCAUCAUCGCCGGAAACUGUGAUAUUGGUUGCAAGUUCCGCUAAUGAGAAACACAUUUUAGAGAAGGCUUUUAAAAGAGCCGAUCGCAAUCAUGACAAAUACCUAACCAUUAAGGAAUUGGGACAAUACAUCAAUAAAAACAUAGUUGACCACAUAGACGAAGCCAUCCAAUUGAAUCCACGAGAGUUUCGACGAGUUGAUAUAUCCCCUGCCGAUGGCCUCAUAACAUGGGAGGAGUAUCAUCGUUAUUUCCUCAAAGAACAUGGCAUGACCGAGGCCGAUAUCGAUGAGCACAACGAAAUCAAACAUACAGCACUUAAUCGUAAGGCACGCGAGGACAUGAUGCGCGACAAGGCACGUUGGUCGGAGGCAGCACGCACAGAUCUCUUCACCCUAACCAUAGAUGAGUAUCUGUCAUUUCGUCAUCCCGAAUCGAGUAUAACGAAUCUCUUGGAAUUGGUAGAUGAUUUGUUAAGGCAAUUCGAUCAAGAUGGUGAUGAUCAACUGAGCAUAGAAGAAUUUUCCGAGGUCAAUGUGGCCGAUGAUGAUGAUUUGAUACGCAAGUCUUUGAUAUCGAAAACAGUGGUAGAGCGUAGAGCAGAAUUCAAAAGAAUCAUAGAUCAAAAUGAAGACGGCAAAGCGGAUAGGGGAGAGCUAUUGAAUUAUGUGAAUCCCAAGACCCCGAGAUAUGCAUUGCAGGAGGCGGCCACUUUGUUUAGUUUGUGUGAUGAAAAUCGUGAUGGGCGUUUGACUCUAAAGGAGAUGCUUUCCAACUCGGAAAUAUUUCUGACCUCAAAAAUGAUUGACACUGCCCAAAGUUUUCACACAGAAUUUUGAAACUUUUAGGCUGAAUCAUUUACUAAACACUCCUCUCUGUGACUCUGACAUAUCCAUUUUGUACUCUUUCCAUUUUUUGAUAUACUCAUAUAGUACUUACUUACACAUGCCUACCCACAUUAAUGCUGCCUAUGUUCUCUAAAUUAAGGCUUAUUGUAAAUAUUUCCAAGCUUAAAUGUUUGCUGCACCGAAAAAAAGUUAUAACCUAUGGUAGAGUUAGUAAGUUAAUACGG